UGUGUCCCGGGCUGGUUGGCUGGCGGGCGGCUGGCUCGGCGAAGGCCUGGCAGCUCCGAGUGCCGCACCGUCUGCGGGGCCCGCUUUGAGGCGAGGAGCGGCGGCGGGCCAGCUCCGCCAUGGUGAAGAAGCGGAAAGGCCGGGUCCUCAUUGACUCAGACACCGAGGACAGUGGCAGCGAGGAGAACCUGGACCAGGAGCUCCUGUCAUUGGCCAAACGGAAACGUGGUGACUCUGAGGAAAAGGAAGCACCUGCAAGCAAACCUACAGCGUCUUCAGACUCUGAGACUUCAGACAGUGAUGUUGAGUGGACAGUUGGAGGUUCUAAAAACAAAAAGAAAGGAAAAGCUGGGAAAGCAGAGAAGAAAGGUGCCAUGAAGAAACCAACAAACAAAGCAGCCUCAUCAGGCAGCUCUGAUAAAGACAGCUCUCCAGAGAGCUCAGCACCUGAAGAAGGUGAAGUAUCUGACUCUGAAAGUAACAGCUCUUGUUCCAGCUCAGACUCAGAUUCCUCUUCUGAAGAUGAGUUCACUGAUGGCUAUGGGGAGGACCUCAUGGGUGAUGAAGAAGACAGAGCUCGUCUAGAACAGAUGACAGAAAAGGAGCGAGAACAGGAAUUGUUUAACCGGAUAGAGAAGAGAGAAGUUCUGAAGAGAAGGUUUGAAAUAAAAAAGAAAUUAAAGACAGCAAAAAAGAAAGAAAAGAAAGAAAAAAAGAAAAAGCAAGAAGAAGAACAGGAGAAGAAAAAGCUCACACAGAUCCAGGAAUCCCAGGUAAUGUCACACAAUAAAGAGCGACGGUCAAAGAGGGAUGAAAAAUUGGAUAAGAAAUCCCAAGCUAUGGAAGAACUGAAAGCAGAAAGGGAGAAAAGGAAGAACAGAACAGCUGAGUUACUUGCAAAGAAACAGCCAUUAAAAACAAGUGAAGUAUACUCAGAUGAUGAAGAGGAAGAAGAAGAUGAUAAAUCAAGUGAGAAAACUGAUCAUUCAUCCAGGUCUUCAUCGUCUGAUGAGGAGGAAGAGAAAGAAGAAAUUCCUCCAAAAUCGCAACCGGUGUCCUUGCCCGAAGAACUGAAUCGGGUUCGGUUAUCUCGACAUAAACUGGAGCGGUGGUGUCACAUGCCUUUCUUUGCCAAGACAGUCACUGGCUGUUUUGUGCGCAUUGGAAUAGGAAACCACAAUAGCAAACCAGUUUACAGGGUCGCAGAAAUAACUGGUGUCGUAGAAACUGCAAAGGUUUACCAGCUUGGGGGUACCAGGACAAACAAAGGGCUGCAGUUAAGGCAUGGUAGUGACCAGCGUGUGUUUCGUUUAGAGUUUGUCUCCAAUCAAGAAUUUACAGAGAGCGAGUUCAUGAAGUGGAAGGAAGCCAUGUUCUCUGCUGGGAUGCAGCUACCUACAUUAGAUGAGAUAAACAAGAAGGAAGUGUCCAUUAAAGAAGCCCUCAACUAUAAAUUUAAUGACCAGGACAUUGAAGAGAUAGUAAAGGAGAAGGAGAGGUUCCGGAAAGCACCUCCAAACUAUGCCAUGAAGAAAACACAGCUACUGAAAGAGAAGGCCAUGGCAGAAGACAUGGGAGAUCAGGACAGGGCAAAACAGAUUCAAGAUCAGCUUAAUGAAUUGGAGGAGAGAGCAGAGGCCUUGGAUCGCCAGCGAACAAAAAAUAUUUCAGCCAUAAGUUAUAUUAAUCAAAGGAAUAGGGAAUGGAACAUUGUGGAGUCUGAAAAGGCUUUAGUGGCUGAAAGCCACAGUAUGAAAAACCAGCAGAUGGAUCCCUUCACUAGGCGGCAGUGUAAACCCACAAUAGUCUCCAAUUCUAGAGAUCCUGCUGUCCAAGCUGCUAUCCUUGCCCAACUGAAUGCAAAGUAUGGAUCUGGUGUAUUGCCAGAUGCUCCAAAGGACAUGACUAAGAGUCAGGGAAAAGACAAAGAUAUGAAUUCAAAAUCAGCCAGUGACCUUUCAGAGGAUCUUUUCAAAGUGCAUGACUUUGAUGUGAAAAUUGAUCUCCAGGUCCCCAGCUCAGAGUCCAAAACACUGGCCAUCACCUCUAAGGCUCCCCCAGCAAAAGAUGGUGCCCCUCGGCGAUCACUGAACCUUGAGGACUACAAGAAAAGGCGAGGGUUAAUUUGAGCGUACCCACUCUCUGCUGCUUCUGAUCCUGCAUGCUACAUGAUGCCCCACCCUUUAUUUUCUUCCCUCCCUCUUCAGUUUGCCCUUCUGGGUUGGAGCAGCAACAGAGCUGGGAAAAGACUCUUCAAAAUUGCCAGCCAUCUGUAAUAUAAACCAUUGACUCUUUACUGUAUAGACCUCCCUUCUUGCCCUUUCCUCCUGCCACCCACAAAUAUUGAUCUGUGCUAUUUUUAGGGGGGGUGGGGAUGGGGGUGGUUUUUGUUUUUUGUUUAAAUACAGCUCUUUGCAGUUGGCUGUAUGCAUUCAGUGUUAACCUGAAGUCUGGAUUUCUGCAGGAAUCUAUUAGUGGCAGAAGCAGUGUGUUAGCACUUGGCUGUCUUACCUCCACAGGCAAGGAAAGUUCAACAGUGGCACAAGACCUCUUGUGAAGGUCGCCUGCACUUUUUUCCUCUUCUUCCCCCAGCUCCUAGCUUUGGAGAAGGGCAUCUUUACAAACUGGUUUAGGUUGAAAGUGUACAUUUUUGUGGGGGUGGGUGGGUUGUGUGGAUUUUUUCCAGAUAGUUUUUUUUAUCAUUUUUAACCUGCAGUAAAUUUGUAUCUGUCUGUCACAAUACUUUAAAGCUGUCUUGAAUUUCUACCAGCUACACUUGAGCAUCCAAAACAGCAGGGGCUAUUUAGUAGAUUUUUUUUAAACAAACAAGAAAGCCUGGCUGAUGAUAACUGUGUAACUUCACAUUUCUCUGUUUACUCUUAUAAAAUUCCUUUCCCUCCUCUCCCGCCAGUGUCUUGUUUUGUACAGCAGUAAUACAUGUGUCCUUGAAUUCCCUGCUCACAGGUAGGUGGAACAGCUCAUCCUUGCCACUUGGUUUGCCCCCCACACACACUCACACCCUGGCUGAACAAAACUACGUCAUCAUGCAGUAUUUGUUAUUCCUCAUUGCCAGCUCAUCUUUCCAGGCCUGAAAUCUUUUUCAUUUGCCUCCUGCUUUUUAUUUUUAUUUUUUAUUUUUAUUUUUUUUUGCAAAAUGGGAAAGUUGCAGAGAAAUAAUAAAAUGUAAAGGGGCAGUUAUUUGACCUAUAUGUAACUGGUACAACAUGUGCAGUGGAACUUUAGCACAUGGAUUGUAUGUAUGGAAUGUUUGAAUAGGAACAAGAUGACUGCUUGAUAAUCACUCAGGUGUAAAAUCAAAGUGUAAAUAAAUGACAUUUUAUCAAAGAACUCUUCAAAAUGAAUUACAAUGAAUUAUACUGAACUAAGAACUCCAUACAUUGAUAACACACCAGUGAUCUGACAGGUCAUGUUAGCACCAGUACUGGAGUAUGCCCUCCACAAAGGAUGCUUUCCAGUUUAGAUUAAAAGGAAAAAAAUCCUGCAAUAUAUGAAGCAUUAUUAAGCAGGCCCAGAAAAACUUUGCUUAUAUUGGAAUAAAAGUUUGAGUCUUGUGGCUGUUAAUUGUGGGAUCCUUCUUGAGGCUUUAAUUCUAUUCUUUAAUUCAUUAUUUAAGACUAGGGCAACACAAAACUGUGUAACACCUGAUAAAAUGAAGAGGGAAAAAACACAAUCCUCCUGAAGUGGGUUCUUGUCAAGUGAUGUAACCUUGUGCGGCUUUAUUUACUAGAUAGUCCAUAGCUUUGCGGACUAUUCUGUAAAUAUGUAAUCAUUCUGUUUCUGCCUUUUUUCUAGCUAUUUCUCUUAAGCUCUUGUGGACUCUUAUUUACAUAUGUGCUUCUAACUCCCCCCCCCCCCGCAAAAGUGGAUUUCUAGAAUCUGCCAGUGUAGAGCUGUUUGGGAGCUAUCAUGAUAUACUAUGUAGAUAUGCAUCUCUUUCACUUGAUUUUUGCCAGCAACAUAAUUUGUAACCAGUCUCUCCAGUACCAGUAUGUCUAAUGUAGAAAAAUAUAAGUGCAAAAUUCUUGCAAAGGUUUGGCUGCCCACCAGUUUCUACAGUUUCUUCACAUAGGAGCAAGAAAAGAGCAAGCAAACGUUAAAUUCCUGUUCUUCCAGUACCACAUAAUGAUAUCAUGGUAGUGCACAACAGACAUUUGCAACAAUGGUACAUUUCCUGACAUUGGGCUUUAUAAUCAAAGUACUGAACACUUCCUUAAGUUGUAAAUAAUGCAUCAAUUUUCCCCUUUCCAAUUUGUUUAGAGGAAUUGAUACAAAACAGAGUGGGGUGCUUAUUUAGGACACAAAUGAAUGAAGUCACUGUCCUCAUAUAUCCCCUAUUUACCAAAUGUAGAAAUGAGAGGUUUUGCUUUUCACAGAGGUAACAGACAUGUCCUUAUGCACCAUCUGGGUUUUUUUUUCACUGAGAAUAAUACGUUGGGGAAGUAAUUUUUCUCAGAUAGCUAUGGAACUAAUUGUGUAUGAAGGUGUAAUGUUUUCUCCUCUUUAAGUGCAUGUGACAGUGAGUGAUGACAGCACAGGCGCAUUGGGAGGGUUGGGUUUAUUUGCUUUAAUUCAUUGAUGUCUCAGCAGCAUUCGUUACAAAUGUAUAGACUUCUAUAAAUAAACUUUGGUUGGUUUUAAUAAA